UGACAGUCACAAUCAUCCAAAUCUUGUGGUUGAGACAACAACAAAGUAAAAUGAAGAUUUUUGCGGUAUUUGCCAUCGUUUUGGCAGUUGCAGCAGCUGCGCCCAGUCUAGGUGGAGGAAAGGCUCAGCCUCCCAAGUUCAUCAAUCGCCCACAUCCACCAAGUGGAUCAGGUCGCCCCUUCGGUAGAUCGAUUGAGCUAGAGUCCCGUGAUGUCCAUGGAAGCGUUGGUGCUGAGGCUGGUGUAUCAAAAGGUGAGGGAUCCCGAACUGAGGGACACGUUGGUGUCCACGGAAAGAUCGACUGGGACGAACCUGAGCUAGAAUCCCGCGAUGUUCAUGGAAGCGUUGGUGCUGAGGCUGGUGUAUCAAAAGGUGAGGGAUCCCGAGCUGAGGGACACGUUGGUGUCCACGGAAAGAUCGACUGGGAUGAGCCUGAGCUAGAGUCCCGUGAUGUUCAUACAAGCGUUGGGGCCGAGGCUGGUGUAUCAAAAGGUGAAGGAUCCCCAGCUAAAGGUCAUGUUGGCGUCAGCGGGAAGAUCGAAUGGGAUGAGCCUGAGCUAGAAUCCCGUGAUGUUCAUACAAGCGUUGGAGCUGAGGCUGGUGUAUCAAAGGGUGAAGGAUCUGGGGCUGAAGGCCACAUUGAUGUCAGUGGAAAAAUCGAAUGGGACGAAGAUGCAGCUUUUGCACGUGGUCUAAACGGAGGGAAAGCUCAGCCUCCCAAAUUCAUUAAUCGUCCACGUCCACCAACCGGAUCCGGUCGCCCGUUCGCUCAAUCCCGCGAUGUCCACGGAAGCGUGGGUGUAUCAGCUGGAGCAUCGAAAGGUAAAGGAGACAGGGCUGAAGGACACGUUGGUGUCAACGGAAAGAUCGAAUGGGAUGAGCCUGAGAUCGAUCUUAAUGAUCUGCAGUCCCGCAAACACCACGGUCACAUCAGCAUAGGAGCUUCAAAGCAUGGCAAGAAAGGUAAAUGGCAUAUUGGUGUCGGUGGAAAAAUCCAAUGGGAUGAACCUGAGCUAGAGUCUCGCGAUGUCCACGGAAGCGUCGGUGCAUCAGCUGGAGCAUCCACAGGUAAAGGAGGCAAGACUGAAGGACAUGUUGGUGUCAACGGAAAGAUCGACUGGGACGAGGAUCAGUGA